AUGACAGCGGACAGAAUAAAGAGGAAAGCAGUGGUGCCCACACAGCCGGCUGUCAUUCAAACUCCAGAUUCCAGUGACGCCUGCGGCCCUCCCAUCCCCACAGCGCUGCCCUUCCUGAGGUCACAUGAGGGUCCCCUGAAGGCCGAUCAACAGAGCGGCAGGCAGAGAAGCCAGGCGGGAAAUGCAGACCAGCUGCGGAGGCCGCAGCAGUUGACCCCCAGGGCUGAAGAGGUAGCAGUGCUGCGAGGAGACAGCAGGGAAGCCCUCGUCCGGCCCUGGCACGUAACAGAGCUGAGGCCGGGUGCCAUGGGUGUGAGAUUGCAGGUGGACCGCCCGGCGAAUUCGGCCUGGGACACGGCGCCGACACUGGCCCAGCAAACCCACACUCAAAAGCCGGGCCAGGGGGCCACCAUGCCCAUCUCACUCACGCGCAGGCGUAUCUGCAAGGGAGGCGCGGGUGGGCGGAGUCCAAAACCGGAAGUGCCCCAGAGCCCGGACCUUCUCGCGAAACCCGCCAGCCGGAACUGCCCGGAAGUCCCGCCCUCAGACGGAACGUUGGGUUGCUUGGCAACCGGUGGAGGCGCCGCCGGCGGGCUCUGUGCUGCCUGGAGUAAGCCGAACGUAGCUCCCACCUCAAGCCCUGGAAGCCUCCCGUCCCGCCCGCCUCCUUUCUUGCCGCUUCUCCUUGCGUCGCGGAGUCCCUGCCCUUGGCACUACGUGCACCUCGCCGGCUCCCACGACACUUUAGUGCCCACCUGCUUCGAAGCCAAGCUUCACCGAAAGCGAAGCGGUCCGACCCCGGACGUGGCCUCCGCGUUGACGGACCGCGCCUCUCCGGCCAUGGCCACCUAUACCUACACCAGCCGGCCCCGGGCCCUGCCCUGCCAGCGUCGCCGUUACCGGGACAACCUGAUGCAACCAGCUGAAGAACCUGUUCGUUACGGAAACAUAAUGUACGACAGGAGGGUGAUCCGGGGCAACACUUACGCGCUGCAGGCGGUGCCGCCGCCUGGGCAGCCCGAUCCUGCGGAGAUUCAGAGGCAGCAGCAGGCUAAGAGGAGGGCCUUGGCCAAAAGGCGAGCCCAGGAGCAGCUCCGGCCCCGAACGCCUGAGCCCGUGGAGGGCAGAAAGCACGUGGAUGUGCAGACAGAAUUAUACCUUGAAGAAAUUGCUGACCGCAUAAUAGAAGUUGAUAUGGAAUGCCAAACAGAUGCAUUUUUGGACAGACCACCAACACCACUCUUUAUUCCUGCCAAAACUGGCAAAGAUGUGGCCACCCAAAUACUAGAAGGAGAGCUCUUUGACUUUGAUCUUGAAGUUAAACCAAUGUUAGAGGUUUUGGUGGGAAAGACCAUUGAGCAGUCCCUUCUGGAAGUGAUGGAAGAAGAGGAGUUGGCGAGCCUGCAGGCCAGUCAGUAUGCGUUUGAAGAGCUGCGCAACGUCGAGCUCGCUGAAGUUCAGCGGCUUGAGGAGCAGGAGAGGCGGCACCGGGAGGAGAAAGAGCGUCGUAAGCAGCAGCAGUGGCAAGUGGUUCACAAGCAUCACGAGACUGCAGAGAAAAUCGCCGCCCGUGCGUUUGCACAGCGUUACCUGGCCGACCUGCUCCCCUCCGUCUUUGACAGCCUCAGGGAUGGAGGCUACUUUUACGAUCCCAUUGAAAGAGAUAUCGAGAUAGGAUUCCUUCCAUGGUUAAUGAAUGAAGUUGAUAAAACUAUGGAAUACAGCAUCGUGGGAAGAACAGUGCUUGACAUGUUGAUUCGUGAGGUGGUCGAGAAGAGAUUGAGUCUGUAUGAGCAUAAGGAGGACCGGCAGUCACCUCCGAAACCUGAGGACAGGCUCGGUGGUCCUGGAGGCGUGAGGGACUCCCUGGUGGGCUACGAGUUCCAGGACCACGGGGCAUCCCAGGCGCAGAGGCCGCUUCCAGACAGAGACUCCCCGCAAAGGGCACCACAUGAUGGAAGGUCUGUGGAGGGGGUGUCAUCCCAGGAAGGGCGGCCGAUGGAGGAGGAGGACGAACAAACAGGAGGAAAUUCUUAGGGAGGGAAGAACUCUUCCAGCAGAGGGAGCUUCGGAGCCAGUCAGCGGGCAGUCAGGUAACGGUGCCUGCGUCCCCUCAGGUCGUGGGAAUUAUGCUGUGUUUAGUCACCUUGUCUUUGUCUGUUGCACUGGGCACAUCAAAUCUGUUGAAAUAAUAAAACCAACUUUGAAAAUGAAA